AACGUCGCUACUGAAAUUCCCUCUGAUCGGGGCGGAGGGAAGGGGGGGGAAGGAGACGAGCCACAAAGGAAGUGAAUGGCAAGGAGCACUGGUUAAGAAGGUGCAAGGACUGAGGUGGAUAGCCACUGUUGCGUCGACUAGAGACAUAAGCAAAGAGAGAGGGACCUCCUUUAAAGACCAAUGGGUCCAUGCAAAUGACUCCUGCGGAAUUAAUCUUGGGAAGGCAGAGGGAAGCUCACCAUGAAAGCACCGAGGACGGGGCCAAAGAGAGCACGACCCGCAGGAGAAGAGGAGGAGGUGGAGAAAAUGGGCAACUAAAACGGUGUCGCGCUGAAAGUCCGGUCCGGGUUUUGUCUACAGCCCCGGGCAUCAGCAAUAGCGGCAGCAGCAGCAAGAGCAAGCGGCAGCCUUUUGCAAUGUGGUCCGCCUGUGUCGGUCCUUGCAGAGCGAGGAUGUAGAGGUGGGUUUGCCGAGAAGGAGCUGUUGGCGAGGGAUCGAGCACCAGAGAGAGAGAGGGAGGGAAAGAGGAAGACCUGUUCUCGUCCGCUGCCUUUAGCUUUCCUAACUUAUCUGCAAUUCCGACUUUGCCAGCCCCGACCUCUCCCUUGUAUGCCGGCGACCCACCGACUCGCGUUUUGCAGCCACCCCUGAUGUACCCGGUGGGGAGGCGGCUGCCCCCGGGGUCCCUUUCUUCUUCGGGAGACCUUUGGGGCAGGUGUUAAGAUCAUCACCGUUACGGUGUACGGUCCGGAUUUGGAUCUUUAAUCCGGCUGGCGACAGCGCGCGCGCAACACGCACACAUCGACUGCCCGGAGUGGCGGCGGCGGCGGCGGCGGCGGCGACUGCAGCUCCCCUUCCUCGCCGCUGCUGCUCCUGUUUUUUUGCUCCGGAUCGUUUUGCCUCUGCUCCGCUUUGCACAAACAAGCAACUACCAAGGGAAGACAGAACAGAUUGCUGGCAUAAGAGGAUCUACAGUUAAGAAAGAACUGUCAACCAAAGUGUGGGAAGGAUCCAUGGAUUGAUGGCUUUCAUGUGGUUUAUCAUUUAGACUGUGGAGAGCUGCUGUGGACAGUAGAGGAAUAGACCAUUCACCAUUCUGCUGCUUUUCUGGUCAAGCAGAAAUCCUAAGACAUCGGCUUUCAGAGACAUCAGUUAUAUAUGAAACCUGCAGGACAUGUUGUAAUGGCCUUGAAAUUGCACUGAAGACGGACCUUGCUCCUUCCACUAUUUGUGAUUAGUGCUGCUAUUAUUGUGGUGGUUGGUUUUUCACAGCAAGUGGGCUUGUUGCUUUAUCUGGUCUCCUCUUGGUUAAAAAAAAGAUGUCCGAACCUGGUUCUCAUCAAGACGCUGGCAUCAAGCCAGGCCUAUUGGGAAAAAGCAAUAGCCCAGAUGACUCUCAGCCUUCAGUCAAUUCAGAAAGAAGGAACAAAAGUGGGAUAAUAAGUGAACCUUUGAACAAAAGUCUUAAGAAGUCUCGACCACUCUCCCACUACUCCACUUUUGGUAGCACCAGCUUGUUAAGUGAACAUUCUGAAAAAGGUGCCCCUGUAGCCAACGGCAAUGAAGCAACUAUGGAUAAAAGCAAUUCUACCUCAAAGCACAAAAACAUCUCUGACAUGCUGAGUAAAUCAGAUAUUUCUUCAGAAGGACAGAACAUCUUGCAACAGUUUGCUCAGUCUACAGAGCUGCUCAAAAGAGUAGUCCAGGAGCACAUUCCCCUGCCUAGUGACCACGGGACGGGCAUCUCAGACAUGGAAGCUGUCUCGGCUGCAGAGACAAUGAACAGCCCGUCUGAUUUCCCUUACCUGGGGGCUUUUCCUAUCAACCCUGGCCUUUUCAUUAUGACCCCUGCUGGCGUAUUUCUGGCAGAGAGCGCACUCCAUAUGGCUGGCUUAGCAGAGUACCCAAUGCAGAACGAAUUGGCAUCUGCCAUCAAUUCAGGGAAAAAGAAACGGAAACGAUGUGGCAUGUGUCCUCCUUGCAGAAGACGGAUAAAUUGCGAGCAGUGCAGCAGUUGUAGGAACCGUAAAACUGGGCAUCAGAUUUGCAAAUUCCGAAAAUGUGAGGAACUUAAAAAGAAGCCUUCUGCUGCACUGGAGAAAGUGAUGCUUCCUACAGGCGCUGCAUUCCGAUGGUUUCAGUAGGAACAAGAAUCCCAAAGCUCUGUCAUCCAGUGCAAUGUCACUGCUUGCUUGUGUUGUCUCAGGCAAGAUGUUUUUUUGGCGGAAAUGAAUGGAUGCGCCUUUGUCUCCUUUAGAACCAAAAAUAUUUUCUCACAGAGUUCAUUCCUGUUUUUAUAUUUUUUUCUCAUUUGUUUAACAUCUUCAAGUACUACUAAAAAACAAACAUUAACUGCUUUUCAAAUAAUUUUUAAAAAAGAAUCCAUAAAGUACCAAGACGUAAUGGAAUAUGGACAAUCAAUUUAUUUCCCUGUGUUUUGAUGUUGAUGUUGUUUAUGUGUGGAAGAUGCAGUUCUUGUGUAGAGAAUGUAAAUUUACAGUAACCUUUUAAAUCUAGUUACUAAUAAGCACUACUGUAAUUAGCACAGCUGUUUAUUCAUUCAUAUUUUUGUUUGAUUAAUUUCCAUCAUUAAAGAAAAAUAGUGUGGCUAGUUUCUAGAAUGGCUCAACUUCAUGUUUAUAAAUGAGAAUAUGUUUAAAAUAAAGUAGUUUCCCUUUCCCUAACCAUACACAUAAGAUUAAGGUUUAAUCAGCAAGAUGUUUGGUAUGAAAAGUGAAAGUGUACUGCAAAACUGGCAAGUUCUUAAAGCAAAGCAAAAUAAUAAUUAAGUUUAGAUCAAGAAGAACUGCACACUAGAAUAAACCUGGAAUUAACUGCAGCAAUUCUCUUUUAGAAACCAUUUGAACAAUGUUACUGGAAUUCAGAUAUAAGGCUAUUGCAGAACCUGUGCUGAACACAUAUACGAGUCUUUUUCUUCUGUUCAAAGCCCUUGUUUCCUGCUUUCUCACCAUCACUAACUGAAAGGCUGUUUGUAAUGUUCUAGCGAUUCAGGCUGUUUUGUGAAUAAAAAUGAAAGCAUGUUUUGUG